GUGGACGUUUCAAGGUCAAAGGGACAGCACCGCUUUGCUUUGGGUAUGGAGGAGGCAGCCAAACACAGACAAACAGCCAGUCUUGGGCUGUCGCAUCACACUCUCGCCAACAGUUACAUACCAACCACCUCACAACUCCCUCCUGCGGCCUUUAUCCUUAGCUCUCUUACUUCCCUCCUGUCUUAUCUUGACUUGGUGCUUCUCUCUCUGUGCUAUAUUCACUUUCAAACCAAAAUCUGGGAAUUGUAGAUAUGACCGAGGGAACCAACUUUGACUAUCUCUUCAAGGUCGUCCUUAUUGGAGACUCUGGUGUCGGAAAAUCUAACCUUCUCUCGCGGUUCACGAGGAAUGAGUUCAACUUGGAGUCCAAGUCAACGAUUGGUGUAGAAUUCGCAACACGCUCGCUGAACGUAGAUGGGAAGAACAUCAAAGCUCAGAUAUGGGAUACUGCUGGACAGGAACGAUACCGAGCAAUUACCUCUGCAUACUACCGCGGCGCAGUUGGCGCACUACUUGUCUAUGACAUCUCGAAACACGCAACAUAUGUCAACGUCACGAGGUGGUUGAAGGAGCUUCGGGACCACGCAGACUCAAACAUUGUCAUUAUGCUCGUCGGAAACAAGAGCGAUUUGAAACAUCUGAGAGCGGUACCGACAGAUGAGGCAAAGGCAUUUGCUGCUGAAAACGGUCUGUCGUUCAUCGAGACUUCGGCGCUGGACGCUUCGAAUGUCGAAUCAGCCUUCCAAACCAUUCUCACAGAUAUCUACCGCAUUGUCUCUCAGAAGUCAUUGGAACAGUCGGCAGAUCCCAUCAGACCACCUACGGGCGACUCAAUCACCGUCCAACCCAGCGUGGACACGACAGCGAACCAGGGAGGAAAGUGCUGCUAGAGUCGAGGUGUUUUCAUUGGUUGUUGUGCAUGGCCUGGGGCUGGUUUGUGGUGAUGGAUCGGAUUCUGUCUUUCUUGUACAUACGUUUACUUUGUUUUGUUUUUUCCCGUCCGUAAUCGUCUUUCUUUUCUGAUCUUGUGGGGUUUGAGACAAUGACAAUUGAACAUUGACUCUC